UGAGGAAACCAGAAACCACCGUAUUGCGUUCAAACCUGAGCUUCAACUUUCUUUCCCACCACCCAAACAGGGCUCCCGUCUUGCCCACCAUCUUCCGUUCCUCGCGCGACGGGCAGUGAACCUACGUUUUCUGAACACGUCGAGUGCCCCUGGGCCAGCUAGGUCUACGCGAAACAUGGAUAUCCCGUUGCUGCAGCUCCGCGAUGGUAACAAAAUAUCAUUACUUGCCUUUGGAACGGGCACGGCGUGGUUCAAGGAUGUCGGUGACACGAGUUUCAAUCGCAGUCUUGUCGACCUGAUUAAAGCAGCCAUUGCGAAGGGUCUCUACCAUCUCGACUGCGCAGAGAUGUACGGAACCGAGGAAGAAGUCGGCAUCGCCAUCAAAGAGGCCGGCGUUCCUCGCGAGAAGCUCUUCGUCACCAACAAGGUCGCUCAAAGCAUUGGCAAUAUCGCUAAUGCGAUUGACCAAAGUCUCAAGAAAUUACAGACCGACUAUUUUGACUUGUACCUCAUCCAUAUCCCAUUCUUCGCCAAGUCCGAGGCCGACUUCCAGGGCGCGUGGAGGGCGAUGCAGGAAGUCAAGCGGUCCGGCAAGGCACGGUCAAUCGGAGUGAGUAACUACCUGCGCCCGCACGUCGAGGCGACGCUCAAGGGGGCCAUCAUCCCGCCUGCCUUGAACCAAAUCGAGUUCCACCCCUACCUCCAGCGCGGGAACGAUUACGUCGCCUGGUUGCGCGAGAACGACAUCCAGGUCGGCUCGUUCAAGGGCCUGACGCCUGCCUUCCGGGCGCCCGACGGACCGUUGCGCCAGCCGCUCGCCCGCAUCGCGAAAGCGCACGACACGACGGAGGCCGUCAUCCUCAUCAGCUAGAUCAUGCACAACAACAUUGUCGCUAUCACCACGACGACGAAGCCCGAGAGGCUGGAUGAGUAUGCGCAGGCGCUUAAGAUCAAGUUAACGCCGGAAGAGGCCCACGAGAUUACGGACGUGGGCUCGACCUAUCACUUCCGCACGUCUUGGUCUAAACAUUUCAGGGACGAGGACCGAUCGUGAUGUUUAGC